AUGACAGCAGCUAGUGUUAUUUCUCCGAUGCUAACUUCAUUUGUUUAUGAAGAUUUGGUUUCUCAAGUUCAAAACAUUCAAAAUCAAAUGUUUCAAAUGGAAAAUAUUCUUGAUAAUCAAUGGAAAGCUGAAAAGAAAAUCCAAAAUAAGUUAAAAUCACGUUCAUUAAUAUUUAUUGAUUCAUAUGGAAAUCGAACAGUUAAUAAAUGUAUGGAUCACGAACCGAUUAAUAAAGUACUCAAAAAAUAUAAGAAAGAUUAUGUACCAAAGUAUUUACAAGCAUGGAUUAAGAUUGAUACUAUGAAUGAGCAUAUGAUUUCAUCAUUAAAUGAAUGUGAAUUAAAAUCAACUGUAUCAAAAUAUGAAAUUGGUCAUCAAUUUAUUACAUAUGGUGGAGUGAUUGUAUGGGUUGGAAGUUAUGAAGAUCCAUGGUCUCGAAAGAUUGUAAGGUGCACCAAAUGCAAAAAUCGAGUAAAAAAUUAA